AUGGAGUCCUGGACCCCGAACCCGCGAGCCAAACCCUUCGUCCCCAAAACUCAGCGCAGCUUCUACCUUAGCUGCAAAUACAGACUGAGCGAUCGCCGGACUCUGCGCAGAGGCUGCCAGGCCGGAGCAGUCCUGUUCCUGAUUGUCACCGUCAUCGUUAACAUCAAACUGAUUCUAGACACAAGACGAGCUGCAGAUGAGACUCCAGAGUACGAUCCAGUGGACCCUCAGGACCCCCAGACCCCCGUCAGACCAGGUCAGGUCCGUGGAGGCCGAGUCCUGGACAUCGAGGUUUUCUCCAGUCGCUCCAAAGUCUAUGUGGCGGUGGACGGGACCACGGUUCUGGAGGACGACAUGAGGGAGCAGGGACGAGGCAUCCAUGUCAUCGUGCUCAACCAGGCCUCGGGUCAUGUCAUGGCCAAGAGGAUCUUCGACACCUACUCUCCUCACGAGGACGAGGCCAUGAUCCUGUUUCUGAACAUGGUGACCAGAGGGAGAGUCCUGAUCUUCACCAUCAAGGACGAGGGUAGCUUCCACCUCAAAGACUCGGCCCGGGCUCUGCUCAAGUCCCUUGGCUCCGAGUCGGCCUUGAGCCUGAGCUGGAGGGACAUGUGGACCCUGGUGCUGCGGAAAGGAGGUCAGGUGUACGGAGAGAAACACUCCAAGUCUCCAGCUCUGUCCACGUGGGGAGACCCGGUCCUGCUGAAGACCGAGGUCCAACUCACCGCUUCAGAAGAGGCAGAGUGUCUUUGGGCUGACACGGAGCUGAACCGCAGGAGGAAGAUCUUCUGCUCCAAAGUGGAAGGUUACGGAAGUAUCUGCAGCUGCAAGGACCCGGCCCCCAUCGAGUUCAACCCAGAACCGCUGCAGAAUAACAAAGUGUUGGACGUCCCUGUGGCUGUGAUCGCAGGAAACAGACCCAACUACCUCUACAGGAUGCUGAGGUCUCUGCUCUCGGCUCAUGGAGUGAAUCCUCACAUGAUCACAGUCUUCAUCGACGGAUACUACGAGGAGCCCAUGGAUGUAGUGGAGCUGUUUGGCCUGAAGGGGGUGCAGCACACACCAAUCAGCAUCAAGAACGCCCGUGUGUCCCAGCAUUACAAAGCCUCUCUGACCGCCACCUUCAACCUGCACCCGGAGGCCAACCACGCCAUCGUCCUGGAGGAGGACCUGGACGUCUCUGUGGACUUCUUCAGUUUCCUGAGUCAGACCAUCCACCUGCUGGACGAGGACGACAGUCUGUACUGCAUCUCCGCCUGGAACGACCUGGGUUACGAGCACACAGCUGAGGACCCCUCGCUCCUGUACCGGGUGGAGUCCAUGCCGGGUCUGGGCUGGGUCCUGAAGAGGAGUCUGUACAAGGACGAGCUUGAGGCAAAGUGGCCCACCCCCGAGAAGUUGUGGGACUGGGACAUGUGGAUGCGGAUGCCUGAGCAGAGAAAAGGUCGAGAGUGUGUGAUCCCAGACGUGUCGCGGUCGUAUCACUUCGGGAUCAUCGGCCUCAACAUGAACGGGUACUUCCACGAGGUCUACUUUAAGAAGCACAAGCUGAACACAGUUCCUCUGGUGGAACUCAGAGACGUGGACAGUCUGAAGAAGGAGGAGUACGAGACCGAGCUGCUGAGGCUGCUGAGGAUAGCAGAGGUCCUGGACCACUCCCUGGACCCCUGUGAGGACUCGUUUGUUCCAGACUCUGAGGGAAAAACCUUCAUUAUGUUCAUACGGAUGGAGACCGAGACCGAGACCGAGACCUGGACCGAGCUGGCCAAGUGUAUUCAUGUGUGGGACCUGGACGUUCGUGGGAACCAUCGUGGACUCUGGAGACUGUUCAUGAAGAAGAACCACAUCCUGGUGGUGGCAGUGCCCCUGUCCCCCUACAGUUGGAAAAAGCCGGCCUCAGUGACUCCAAUUCACCUGGAGCCUCCACCCAAAGAAGAACCAGCGGUGGAGCAGGUGUAG